AUGUGUGUACCCAUUCACGAAGAUCGAGUGGUGCACGACAUCCUUGGAACGGAGUGGGCAGAUACGAACAGAGACAUGAACAGAGACGUGAAUGAUGAAGGCGUAGCGAACACGUCCAAAUUUCUUGAAACAGCAGCUGAUCUCUCUGCUACAGCUGGCUCAGACCUUGCAGAACCUGCUUAUGGUCUUAUGUAUUCAUCUUUGGAAGGGAAGAUCUGCCUACGAGAGAAGGACCAAAUCCUUCCAGCAGGCUUGAAUACUGACGACAUCGAAUGCGUAAUCCGACCUCCUUCAGUGUUUGGUCGCAUUGUCCGAGAUUGGAAGCUGCAGGGUCUUUGUCUUCUCAUGGCGGAAUCAUGGGCAUGGGAGCCUUCGAAGAAACCUACUGCGAAGGAGCUGCAGACUAGCCAGCAAGUGAAGGACUUCGCCAUAUGUGUUGAGUGCCUUCGUCGGUUCCUUAAGGGUAGUAUGAAUGAUAAUUCCACUGAAGAUUGUCGUCCACUAGCUAUCACCCCUUCUAUUGCUGUCGACGAAGGUUGUGUCUGUUGUGGGAACAACAUUGCGUUCAGUUUCCUAUCCUUCUUUCCAAGCUCACCGCUUUUCGCUGCACCUCCCUCUCAGAGAAGACGCGGUCCCCAAGUGCCGCCGACGAGGCCAGAAUAUCAACGCUCACGCAUGACGGCUGUGCCCAAUGGUUGGCUUCACAGUCCUACUCUCAGAUCUUUUACUCCACUCGGCACGCCUCACUACUUUGUACUCGACAACACUUCAAUAUCUGAACUUGCAUCUGUCCCAUACGAAAAGAUUCGCAGCAUGGACGGGCUGGUUGAGUCCCUCUUGGCUGAGGUACAGGGGUUCGAGUUGACGGCUAAAGUGGAAGGGAAGGAGUGGGAAGCGGAGUUCAAGAAGGAGAAGGUGAGAAAACAGGCAGAGAAGGCUGCGAAGAAGGGACAAGGAAUGGAUGUGGCAGCAACUGUAGUCGGAUGUGCUGAGGAUGGUAGCAGUGAUACGGAGGAGGAAGGCUCAGAUGGUCAAGCCGAAUCCGAUGUCGACAUGCAGCCUCCACCACCAAAGAGGAUUCGUCUUGGGCCGGGUUUUAAGGUCGACAUGGUAGAACCGUUCUUGGUUGUUGCGAGAUGGUCAGCACCAACAGCAAGAACACCUACCGUUCGCUUCUUAACCACACCCGACCGCUUGCGACCCUUCCCUAAGAGUGGAGUGAUGGGAGAGGUGGGAAUAGAGUUCGUAGAGGUACUCGGCGUCAUGGGAACCGAGAAUGCAGAUGGCAAGUAUGACAUCCUUGACGGGGUCACUGGCUCAGAGCUCUCUCCAGGGAUAGAGACGGAACGGCAUGGGAUGGGAACUCGAAGCAGGCUGUUUAAGCCCGGAAGCCCUAGUCUGUUCAAAAGCUCUGCGGAGGGAGGGGAGGUAUGGAAUCAUAGCGUCUCUGGUGCCCGGUACUACGGGUACUACGGGUGGUGGGUAUGA